AAAACACAAGAGACCGCAAAUUUAAAGGAGAACACAUUACAAGGUUGUUCUUCGUUAAUACUCUAAAGAGGUUUUAUGUGUGUUCACUCAAAAUUUAUUUCGUGCUGAUUAUAGCGCGACAGCUGUGCGCUAUAAUUGGCAAGGGUUAAAGUGGUUGGGGAGGGGGGUUAACAUGUCGAUCCAGUACGAGGCACCGCUUGCGGACAGCUACGGGGCGGCGGACUCGUUUCCCAAAGAUUUCGGCUAUGGAGAUGAGGAGGAGGACAUCGAGGAUAGUCCUACAUCUUCCGACAGCAAACCGAGAAUUCUGCUCAUGGGGUUGAGGAGGAGCGGAAAGUCGUCUAUCCAGAAGGUGGUGUUUCAUAAGAUGUCCCCCAAUGAGACCCUCUUUCUGGAGAGCACCAACAAGAUCUAUAAAGAUGACAUCUCCAGCAGCUCCUUUGUCAACUUCCAGAUCUGGGACUUCCCUGGACAAGUGGACUUUUUUGAUGCAACCUUUGACUAUGAGAUGAUUUUCAGAGGAACCGGGGCCUUGAUAUUUGUCAUUGAUGCACAGGAUGACUAUGUAGAGGCCCUCAGUCGACUCCACCUAACAGUGUCACGGGCCUACAGGGUAAACCCUGAGAUUAACUUCGAAGUGUUCAUCCAUAAAGUGGACGGUCUUUCUGACGAUCACAAGAUUGAGACCCAGAGGGACAUACACCAGAGGGCUAAUGAUGACCUGGCUGAUGCCAGCUUGGAGAAACUACAUCUUAGUUUCUAUUUGACCAGUAUCUAUGAUCACUCCAUCUUUGAGGCCUUCAGUAAAGUGGUGCAGAAACUCAUCCCUCAGCUUCCCACUCUGGAGAACCUUCUUAACAUCUUUAUAUCUAAUUCAGGGAUCGAGAAGGCCUUCCUGUUUGAUGUUGUCAGUAAGAUUUACAUUGCCACCGACAGCUCACCGGUGGACAUGCAGUCCUAUGAGCUCUGCUGUGACAUGAUCGAUGUGGUAAUCGACGUCUCCUGUAUUUAUGGAUUAAAGGAGGAUGGCAGCGGCAGUGCAUAUGAUAAGGAGUCUAUGGCUAUCAUCAAACUCAACAACACCACAGUGCUCUACCUGAAAGAGGUCACCAAAUUCCUUGCCCUGGUUUGCAUCCUGAGAGAAGAGAGCUUUGAGCGCAAAGGACUAAUUGACUACAAUUUCCACUGUUUCCGGAAAGCCAUUCAUGAGGUGUUUGAGGUGGGAGUGUCCACCCCAAGGACAAGCAGCCAACCAGCUGGCACCCCUCUCAUGAAGACCGUUGCCUUGAAUGGCACCCCCAGGAGCACUAUGUAGAACGAUGGAGACAAAGAAAAUAAUGAAGUAUGGAGUCGAUGGCAAAGGUAAAAAGAAAGACUACAGGAUGGGAGGCAUUCUGAGGAUGCCAACUAUCAUUUCUGCUCCCAAAAGCUUUAUAAGCAAAGCAAAAGACUUGAAAGUCACUAAAAUAAACUUGCUGUAGUGGCUGGGGGCAGAUGCUUAAAUGUAAUGUGGGUAAGCUUGCAAAGCUGCAGAAGGACAGAAGGGAAGAGGCACAAAAGAAGGUGGAACACUUUUUUUUGUGACAAAGGCAUUAACAAACCAUUCCUCAAGACAAAAAUAAAAGACUGCAAACAAGUAACAAAGUGCAAGUCACUUAAAUAAAAAAAAAAAAGCACAGCAAGAAACCUUGCUGCCAACCAGGCUUGAAAUGCCUGGCAGAACCUGGAUAAAUGCUGUAUGACAUGCUGCUGGUCACUUUAACACCAUAGCCAAGUUUAAAAUGCAUAUGUUGUUUACUCCUCAACAAGUGAAUGUGGAAUAAUUUGUGGUGCACCCAUUUGAAGACCACUUUGGAUGAGUGUACACCAAGACUUCUGAAGCCUUAUGCAGUGGAGGCAUGCCUGAUGCAAGCCCCAAGUACACAUGCACACUCGGUCACCAAACUGCCCCUUUAUUGUGUUUGAAAGGUUUACCAAAUAGGUUGAAAAGGGUUUGAAAUGUGGUUUUGAUUAUGUCUUUUGGUGGUGGUGGUGGUAGUAGUGGAGACCGUUUGUGUGUAAGCAUGCACAUGUAGAUUUAUGUGUAUGACUAUAUGCAUUGGAGAGAGUGGGUAAAUGUGGCUGUACUCGCAUGCACUGGUUUGGGAAUGGGGCCCAGAUGUUCUGAUGUCACACAUGGAGAAAGUGCUUAAGACUCUAAAAACAGGAAGAGUUGUACCAUUCCAUUUGAGCUCUGGGACACUGUGAUUGCACUUACCUCAGAGGAUGUCAGGGAUCCUAACUAAUUAAAUUAAAACUGCUAUGCUGUUCAGGACUGUUGCCCUCCAGUUCAGUUAUAUGAAAUACUUGGCAUGUACAGGUGAAACUCGAAAAAUUAGAAUAUCG